AUGAGCACAAUACAGAACAUCAAAAACUUCAUUCGGCAUGGGAAACAAGCUCGCUUUGUAACACCUCAUUCCGAACCUACCACCGACGUAUCUGCCAUCCACGCCGAGCCACAACCACAACCCCAGCGCCAAUUCUCUCCCGCGCUAGAGGCCUUUGACACAGGGGAUCACCGUGGGAAUACCCAUGCGACCGCACAACAACCUUCAGAUGCCCAUUCCCGCCGCGAUCGCUCCGUCGAAAUUGAACGCAUCGUUGCCGAAGAGAAGGAAACUCGCACCAAGAUGCCUAGAUACCCCGGCCUCGAGCGCUGGAUCCUCAUUGAGAAAAUGGGCGAUGGCGCCUUCAGCAACGUCUACCGUGCCAAGGACUCGACCGGGCAGCGCGACGAAGUCGCUAUCAAGGUUGUCCGCAAAUUUGAAAUGAAUAGCAAUCAGUCCGAUCAUCUUCAUCCGAGCGUCAAGGUCCCCAAGGCUGCAGAGCGAGCAAACAUCCUCAAGGAAGUCCAGAUCAUGCGCAAUUUGGACCACCCCAACAUCGUGAAACUGGUCGACUUUUCCGAAUCCCGCCAAUAUUACUACAUCAUUCUCGAGCUUUGUCCUGGUGGCGAGCUUUUCCACCAGAUCGUGCGAUUGACAUACUUCAGCGAAGACCUGAGCCGGCACGUGAUUUUGCAAGUUGCGAAAGCGAUUGAAUACCUCCACGAGACAUCUGGCGUGGUGCAUCGUGAUAUUAAACCCGAGAAUCUUCUUUUCUACCCCACCCCUUACGUUCCCAGCAAAACCCCCAAACCACAACAACCGGGUGAUGAAGAGAAGGAAGAUGAAGGAGAAUUCACUGCGGGAGUUGGCUCUGGAGGUAUCGGUGUAAUUAAGAUCGCCGAUUUUGGUCUGUCCAAGAGUGUGGACAUGUGGGCUAUGGGCUGCGUCCUCUACACCCUUUUGUGCGGUUUCCCUCCCUUCUACGACGAGAGUAUCCAGGUCCUUACGGAGAAGGUUGCGAGAGGCCAAUACACCUUCCUAUCACCAUGGUGGGAUGACAUUUCCAAGUCGGCCCAGGAUCUCAUUUCUCACCUGCUAACUGUCGACCCCGAGAAACGUUUCACGAUCAAAGAGUUCCUUGAUCACCCUUGGAUCAGAGAAACAGAUGAGGAGACCACCGCGGCCGCUGACGCGCCGCCUCUGGCCACACCCCUUGGCCCCGUCUACCAACAAGGCAUGAAAUUCGACCCCGUCGGCGCUGAAUCAGCUCCAUACCAACCCAACAGCUCCCGUGCCUCUUUGGAUGUUCCCUCUGCUGGCGCAGACCGCCGAAUGGACUUCCGUUCACCCGGUGCAUUCAAUCUACGUGAAGUGUUCGAUGUCGGUUAUGCAGUCCACCGACAGGAAGAAGAAACCAAACGCCGUCGACACGUCCGCCAACAGGCAGCCCAGAGCGGUAGCUCAGUGGCUGGUUUCCAGUCCGCCCUUGGAUCUCUCAAUGAAGGUUAUGACGACGAACCCGAUUACCGUGCCCGCCUUGAGGCAGCUGCCGACCAACCGCCACUCAAGGUUGCCAAGCCCAGCAAUGGCGGCGAAAUGGCCGGCAUGGAAGCUAAGCUUCGCUCCACCAAUCUCGGUGCCCAAAGCAGUGCCGCGCAGGCGCGACAAGCCCAUCGACAACCUCCUCGCAAACAAGGGUAUGGCCAACACGAUGCGACUGUCGCUGCCGCUGCCAAAAGCAGCAUCGGCCAGAGAGCCCAGCAACCCUUCGAACUCAGCUUAAACGGCGCAACGCUGCUGGAAAAGCGUGGUCGCCGCAAUCAAGGGCAACCGGUGAUCUGA